AUCAUAAAAAGUAAACGCUACAACAUCCCUUUAUAAGCUAAUCUCAUCGCAUGUAUAUGUAUAUGCAACAACAAUUUAUAAGAUAGUAGUAAUUCAAUUCAAGAAACGAUCACAGUUUAGGCAAAGAUAUGGGGAGCAGAUUUGUGUGGAAAAUUGUUUUGCUAUUGCUUUUUGUUGGAUGGCUCUUCAUCUGGAUAAUGUUACCUACAAAGACUUACAAAAAUUCAUGGACUCCCCAGCUCCAAAUCAAGCUCAACUCCACAUAUUUCAGAGAACAAGGGACAAAUCUUCUUUUAUUUACAUUUCCUAUAAUGUUGAUAGCUGCUUUGAGCUGCAUCUAUCUUCAUUACAGCAAGUCAAGUUCUGAUCAGAGAACUAAUGGCAAUAAUGGGCAAUAUUUUCGCUCGUGGAAACGGCCUGUGCUUGCGAUGGCUCCUCUAGGAAUUGUGAACGCCGUUGAGCUUGCUUUUGCUGUUAUGUUUAUCGCCCUUCUAAUUUGGUCUUUAGCCAACUACGUCUGUAUCAGCUUUGCCCAUCUCUAUAUGAGCAACCCUGGAGAGAAAGUGCUUUACAGCCCACCAUUUUAUCAUUUGAGUUUUGAUGGAACCUGGUUCCCAUGGAAUUCCAAGAGGGAUUCCAAAAAAGUUCCAUAUAAAUCUGGCCAAGUCUCCAUCAAGGAAGUGGAGGAAGCNUGGCAUUGCAGUCGGGAGUGCCUGGUGAUGGUCAGUGGAGGAAGCGGAAUUACUCCCAUGAUUUCCAUAAUCCGAGAGCUCAUUUACAGAAGCACUCAACCCAACACCAAAGUACCAAAGGUGAUACUAAUUUCAGCUUUCCAGAACACAGCUGAUCUCACAAUGCUAGACCUCUUACUUCCUGUCUCCUCCACUCCUGCUGAUAUUUCCAACUUGGAUUUGCAAAUCGAAGCCUAUAUUACUAGAGAAAAUGGACAAGAACAUAACGUUGAAAGUGCUCCUCACAAGCAACUCAUCCAAACAAUAGUGUUCAAACAUAAUCCAAAUGACUCCGCCAUUUCUGCAGCCCUUGGCCCAAGCAGUUGGCUAUGGCUCGGCGCAAUAAUUUCAUCCUCAUUUCUCAUGUUUCUCCUUUUGUUAGGCAUUGUCACACGUUACUCCAUAUACCCAAUUGAGCGCGAUGGCAGGCUCUAUCACUACAGUGCAAAAAUCAUUUGGGAUAUGUUCUUGGUUUGUGCCUCCGUUUUUAUUGUCACCAGCAUCAUUUUUAUGUGGAAAAAAGAGGACAAUGAAGCUGAAGGGAAACAAAUUCAGAAUGUGGAAUUAUCUACCCCAACAGGUUCACCUGCAGGUUUAUUAUGUGGUACAGCAAGGGAGCUCGAAAGUCUUCCUCACCAGUCUCUUGUUCAAGCCACUAAGGUGCAUUAUGGUGCUAGACCUGAUAUAAAAAGAAUACUUUUUGAUUGCAAAGCAUCAGAUGUUGGAGUUGUAGUUUGUGGGCCACAGAUCAUGAGACAUGAAGUUGCCAAAAUAUGUGCUUCUGGCUUGGCGGAAAACCUGCAUUUUGAGGCUAUCAGCUUUAAUUGGUGAUGUUUGGGUUUGUUACGUACGACAAAACAAGGACAAAUGUGUGGUUUUAGUACUGUUUCUUUUCAUUUUCUUUCUCGUUAAUUGCUACUCAAUUUGGAAGGAUUGACUUUUGGAUUGUUUGUUGUGUGCAAGUUUCUAAGAUAGGGUUAAGAAAGUUGUGUUGUACAGCAUAACCUGCUCAAAAGUUGUAUAAAAGCAAUACUGUUCUACGUAUAAAGAAAAUAAUGAGCAUUUUUACGUGAA